GACGUUUUAUAUAAGAGAAGUGUCAUUUUAAUCGCUGCCUGUUUUCUUAGUUAAAGAGCAGCGCCGAAGGCACGAGGAGGCGUCACAAGCCAGUGCUAGUAAUACAUCGGUCAUCAUACUGACAAAGGUCAAUUUAAUCGGGUUAUAAACAAAGCAUCGGGAGGGGAACUGGCUAGUUAAAGAGCAAAUUAACUCGUUAAUUAUGGACAUCUUGAAUUUUAUCUCGAAUUUUAUCUCGAAGCGAUAUUCACCUCGAAAAUGCCGUCGUUUACUAAGAGCGCUGCCAUUUUGCUGGGGUUAGUUGCCGGCCGAGUAGCAUGUUCUAAAGACAGGUGCACAUCGUUCGCAACGUCUAUAUCGAUCCCGAAUACCAAAAUUAUUGCUCAUAAUUAUCUUCCGAAUGGGACAAGUAUUUUCCUCCCCGGGACCGCAGAGUCGUGCUAUGGGCCGGAUCCCACGGCAAACGCUACCGCCAACCUCUGCCGACUUGCGCUCGUCGUCUCUACGAGUUCAUCAAGCAAAGUGCAAGUAGAAGCCUGGCUUCCGGACCCCCAGAGUUGGAAUGGACGACUGUUGGCUACCGGGGACGGCGGGAUUGGGGGGUGCAUUGACUAUGUCACGAUGCAAAACGGAGCCGAACUAGGUUUCGCGGCUUUCGGGACCAAUGCCGGGCAUAACGGCUCAGUUGGAUAUGAAUUCUUUCUCAAUAAGCCCCAAGUGAUCAACGAUUUCGGUCACCGGGCGAUUCAUGUCGAAGCGGAGGUUGGUAAGGAAUUGGUGCGUCAGUACUAUCGGACCAAAGCGACGAAGAAUUACUACGCGGGCUGUAGCACGGGAGGGCGCCAAGGGUUCCAGAACGCAUAUUUAUACCCGGAAGACUUCGAUGGGCUCCUCCUUGGAAGUCCUGCUAUAGAUUGGCUCCAUGUUGUGGCGUCCAAGGGAAUCAUAGCCCGACGGAUUGGGUGGCCCCAUUUAGACUCACCAGCAUAUAUCCGUCCGGAGCAAUGGGCAGCCAUCGUCGAGGCUCAGAUACGGCAGCUUGACCCAUUGGACGGCGUAGUAGACGGAAUAAUUGACGAGCCAACAAAGUUACGAUUCGAUCCCGAGAGUCUGGUCUGUGGCACUGGUGCCCUCAACUCUUCCAUGUGUCUUAGCCCACUACAGGUUGAAUCGGUGCGCAGAGCGUAUGAACCGAUUGCAAGCGCUUCCGGUCAAAUUGUGUAUCCCGCCUUCGAACUCGGCUCAAACACCGACGUAUUUUCUGCGAACCAGGAGAACGGGACAGCACAGUUGGGCUACACCACCUUACAAGACUUCUGGCGCGGCGCCGUUUAUAACAAUAGCAACUGGACGCCAGACCACUUUCGCGUAUCGGAUAUGGAUUUUGCCCUGAGAAUUAACCCUGGGCAGGUCAAUGCAGAUGACACAGACCUAUCGCGCUUCUACCGUAGAGGCGGCAAGAUCAUGUCGUACCAUGGAAGAAAUGAUGAGACCGUAACCUCUGCCCUAUCUGAGCAAUUCUUCGCCGGAGUCCAAAGAGCACUCCACCUCUCACUAGAUGAGAUUCAUGAUUUCUACCGACUAUUCUUUAUCCCAGGUCUGCAUCAUUGCUCAGGGGGUCCUGGAGCAUGGAGCAUAGGGAAUGUUCUGCUAUAUCCCUACGACAAGAGGUUACUAGACCCUGAGCAUAAUGCGCUCGUUGCUCUUGUUGAAUGGGUCGAGAAAGGCAGGACACCAAAAACGUUAAUUGGCACGAAGUAUGAGAAUGAUGAUGUCGGGGGUACCAUCCUCGGACAGAGAACGUAUUGCCCCUAUCCGAUGGUCAGCAAAUGGAACGGUGUUGGUGAUACGAGACUUGCGACAAGUUGGAAAUGCAUCUUUCCGGGGAGGUAGAUGAAAAUGGCGAUUGGCAUAGUAAUGAUAGAUAGAAUUACCUGGAAACCUAUAGAGGCCCAUUUGCACAUCUUUGCAAAAAAAAAAAAAAAUUGCCCGGAUUUUGCUUAAAGGGGUAAAGUGGUUGCAGCUAGUCUCAAUUAGUCUGAUAUGUUAGUACUUUAUUCAAAAUUAUCUAGCC